AUGGGGGUAGUUAUAAUGAAUGAUAAAUUAAGUAAAAUCGGAGAAACUAGUGAAUUAAGUAAUAAUAUUCAAAUGCUAGAUACACAGGGGCCAGAAUUGGUUGUUUCUACGGAUAAAUCUGAAUUGUUGCCUACAAAAGUACUGAUUCCAAAGACUACAACAGAUGUUGUUACUAGCAAUGUCCUUAGUAAUGAUAUAACGGUCACUAUACCUGAAAAUGGUAAUGUUACUAGCAAUAACGUUAACAGUAGCAGUAUUAAUAUGAACAUUAAUAAUAAUGAUAAUGUGAGGGAUAAUAAUAAAAAUAUAGGGUUAGAACCUGUGAAAUCGGAUCAAUCUCAAAAUAUUUUACUGCAGCAUGAUUUCAGCAUUUUGAGUAAUCAUGAUGAUUUUGUAUCGAAACAAAUAAGUUCUAACGGUAAUGCUCAUGAUUCAGGUAAAGUUAUCUUACGGGAUUCGAUAAUUACCGAUGGAGAGAAGAAUAAUAGCAUUGGUGAUAACAAUAAGACUUUUAUGGCUAAAGAAUUCAGUAAUAUAAGCUUACCAACGACAUUAGCUGGGGGAACUAAUGGUUCCAAGGACACGAUUGAAACUUUAAUAACAGAUCAAACUUUUACCAGAGCUAACGUAUUAGAUAACAGAGAGAUAGUAGGGAGUGAUAAUGAGCGACUUCCAAUCACAAAUUUACUUAAUGAUGACAAUAAUGAUGAUAAUAAUGAUGACAACGUAAAUAAUAGCACUGUUAAUGAUAAUAUUAAUUUAGAAAAUAAUGGAAAAAAGAAUAUUAUUCUUAAUAAUAAUGGCAAUUCCUCAAAUGUACCUAUGAGAAGGAAUGUAUUAAACGGAAAUGGCAAUGUUAAAGGAAGGUCCUUGACAUUUACUUUAAAUAAUGAUGCAAAUGCUAAGAGAUCAAGCAUAUAUGAAUCAAAAUCAACUGUUAAAGCUAUUCCUAUUAGAAAUCCAAAUUCUAGUAAUUAUUUCGACAACGGCAUCAAUGAUGAUGCUUAUUCUUCAAAAAGUGGAUCAUCUUCGAUGAAUACAUCCUUAUCAAAAAGUUUUUUAUUCGGAUUUUACAAUAUGUAUAGAAAAAAUUAUAAGAAUCCACAUAAACAGAUCCUUUCAAAGGAAUAUUGGAUGAAAGACGAAAGUGCAAGAGAAUGUUUCAUAUGUGCCAAAGCGUUUAAUACCUUUAGAAGAAAACAUCAUUGUAGAAUGUGUGGUCAAAUAUUUUGUAGCAGCUGUAUGACACCAAUUGCUGGUGAUAAAUAUGGUUAUAAUGGAUUAAUGAAAGUUUGCAAAAAUUGUUCCAGGCAUUUGGAAACUUAUGAGGAUUCGAGCGAGGAGGAAGAAGAUGACAUACAAAAUGAAUAUCUUCAAGAUGAAAUUUUAUCAAAAAGAAAUACACCAGAUGUAUUGAAUGAUAUGAAUUCGAAUAAUCAAAAGAUUUAUUUAUUUAACGGUGAUGAUGAUAUUCACAGUUUGGUAACGAAUGGUGAUGAUUCAAAAUUGUUCGUUUCAACACCUCCACCCCCACCUAAAAUGACAAUACCUGCCACUAGACAAGGUGAAUCGUUGGAAAUAUUUUCAGAUUCUUUACAACAAACAAAUGGAUACAAGUUGAAAAAAAAAUAUGGCGAUGGGGGUUUGUCUCAUAGUUCAGGAAGUACUAAUCAACGUGAUAGAUAUACAAUCAGAGAUGUCGAUAUGAUUCCACAGCCGUAUGACGUUAAAUUAUCUCCGUAUCAUACCAGGACAAAGAAGAAAAACAGUUCUAAUUCAUUUAAAAAGUCGAUAUUUGGAUACGUCAGUGGAGGGAAAUCUCCACAAGAAAAAAUUUCACCAGGAAGCCCAGAAAUUUCAGAUUCAGUAAUACGUAAUUUUGGUAAAAAGAACUUUAAGUUUGAAUUCAACUAUGGAUUGGAUAAUGCUUCAUUGAAAUCGUCUCAUUCAAAAAUGGAUGUUUCAGAAAAGACUCCAAAUGAAGUUGUAAAAGCAUUAAAAACAUCAAGCAACGACAGCCAUCAUAUUCUAGAAGGAUCAUCUUCCGAAGACGAAGGAUCUAUGUCUAUAUAUUCAUCCUUGAAUGGAACUAAAGAUAAGGUUAAUCCAAUUAGAUCUAUGAGAACAUCUAUUAAAUCAUCACAAAGGGCAGAAGCAUCUUUGCAAAGAAUUAAAUUUAGAAGAAAAAGUAGAAGUAAGCCAAAUUACCCAGGAAACACUAUCUCAUUAUAUAAAGGAAUGAAUUUAUUAGCUCAUAGUACCCCAAAUCUGGUGUCCGUUAUGGAUAAUGAUGAAGAAUGUAUAAAUGAUAAUAAUGAUAAUGGUAGUACAUUAAUUCCCAAUGAAGGUACUAUUCAGUCAAAUAACUAUCCUAUUAAAUAUAGAGCUGGUUAUAAUCAGUUUUUGCCAUAUAGAAGAUCUAUAAGUAUUUCGGCAAUGAGGAGUUUUAAAGAAAACAAAAAUGAAUUAAAUGAUGUCUCUAUUUUACAUUUAGAAGCCUUGAUCAGACAAGUAAUGGAUGAUCAAGAAUUAUCUGACAAAGACGAAUGGAGUAACACAAUCCGUGGCUUUCUGGAUAAAGUUCAUAAUAUUGAUAUUAGUGCGAAAGAUUCCAAUACCCUUGAUUAUAGACAGAAUUAUAUCAAAAUAAAAAGGAUUGCAGGAGGGAAUAUAUCUCAGUCAGAAUUCAUAGAUGGUAUUGUUUUCUCUAAGGGUCUAAGUUCAAGAUCCAUGAUGCGGUAUAUAGAAAACCCAAGAGUUCUCUUAAUUAUGUUUCCUUUAGAAUAUCAAAGAAAUGAAAAUCAGUUUCUAAGCAUUGAAGCAGUGAUGGCUCAAGAACGUGAAUAUUUGAAUAAAUUAAUAUCCCGAAUUGUUUCGCUGAAUCCUGAUGUAAUAUUUGUCGCUGCAAAUGUAAGCGGGUACGCACUGGAGUUACUUGUAAAGGCAGGAGUAGUAGUUCAAUUUAAUAUCAAACCACAGAUAAUGGAACGAAUUUCAAAGUUAACUGAAUCUGAUAUAGCAGUCUCAGUUGAUAAAUUAGUUUCUGAUGUUAGAAUGGGUGAAUGUGAGUCAUUUGAGGUUAAAACGUUUGUGUAUGGGAAUAUUAGCAAAUCGUACACUUUUCUUAGAGGAUGCAAUCCUUCUUUAGGAGGUACAAUAUUAUUAAGAGGUUCUUCGGAUAAAGGGUUGGAAAAAGUUAAACAAGUAUCGGAAUUUAUGAUAUAUGCAGCUUUUUCAUUAAAAUUAGAAAGUUCAUUCUUUAAUGAUAAUUUUAUUAUUCCAUCAAUUGAGUUUUAUCUUAAUGCAAGAAAAAAGAAAGUUGAAUCUGCACCUACUGGAUACUUUGCAGAAUUUUUGGGUGAAUUUAAUAAACGUAUUCUAUCAGUAUCACCGACUGUAGAAUUUCCAAUGCCAUUUCUGCUUAGUAAGGCUAGGACGUUGGAAUUGCUGCUUCUUCAAAAAAUGGAUGAAAAAUCAAAAUUCCUUGAGAAUAAUGAUGAUCUUGAAAUUAAGGGAAUUGUUCCUGUUGAUAUAGAAUCUAAACUUACAAAGAAAGAUUUAAAAUAUCUGGCAAAAUUUAUUCAUAGUAAAGAAAUUGAAGAUUUAGAGCUACAAUUUCGGAGACGUAGUAGACAAUGGGAACUAUCUCAUUCUCAGUACCAUAAUUUAUUGGGAACUGGCUCGCAUCAAUCCAUCGCAGUUCUAUAUUCAAUGGUUUCAACUAAAACUUCCACGCCAUGUGUCGGUCCUCAAAUCGUAAGCAUUGAUUACUUCUGGGAUAGUGAUAUUUCAAUUGGACAGUUCAUUGAAAAUGUUGUUGCUACCUCAAAUUACCCUUGUGAACAAGGGUGUAAUGGGCUAUUAAUAGACCAUUAUAGAAGUUAUGUUCAUGGGUCAGGAAAAGUAGACGUCAUGAUUGAAAGAUUUAAUACCAAACUACCUAAACUUAUAGAUACAAUACUAACAUGGAGUUAUUGCAAAAAGUGUGGGACAUCAACAUCCAUACUACAGAUGAGUCAAAAAACAUGGAAUUACUCAUUUGGUAAAUAUUUAGAGGUUAUGUAUUGGAGUAAUAAGAGAAGUGUUAAUGAAAUUGGAAAAUGUAACCAUGAUUUUGCAAAAGAUCAUGUGAAGUAUUUUGGGUAUAAUGAUUUGGUUGUUAGGGUAGAAUAUUCGGAAUUGGAAGUUUAUGAACUGGUUACACCACCUAGAAAAAUAGUAUGGAAAUCGCAUAAGGAUAUUAAAUUAAAGGUAGAAUUAUAUUAUCAAAUUUUGGACAAAAUUAAUAUCUUUUAUGGGAGUGUGACUGAAAGAUUGAACGGGAUCAAAUUAGACAGUAUUUCGGGAGAAAAGCUUACAUUAGGUAACGAACUUCUAACAGAAUUAUUGAUAAAAGUUGAUGAUGAAAAAAAAAACAUGUUAGAUCAAUUAGAAAACCUUUACAGAAAGACAGAAGGAGACCAUCAUCUUAUUUUAAAUUCUAUUAUCAAUAAAUUGGUUGAAAGAGCAUCAUUGUGGGAUGCGGAAUUCAAUAUCUUUGCUGAGCAGUAUUUGCCAUCAGAGAAAGAUAUUUCUUUGAUUACAUCAAAUCAAUUAAAAAAGCUUUUCGGCUCUAAUCAGGAUAAUAGUUAUGUUAAUCAAUAUAAUUGCGAAGUAGUUAACGAUGGUAAUAAACAUGUUUCUUCAGAAUUAGAUACAGGUGAUAAUAAUGAACAGUCUGACCUGGCAGAAAAAUAUGAAUCAAACUCUACUAAUAAUAUAGAACUCAAAACAAUAUUAUCAGAAGAUAUUGAUUCAAGUUCUCAUUUAUUGGACUCUGAUAAACAAAACUCUCAAAAGGAGAACACUCAGGAAAGGUUGGUUUCAGAGACUGGGAGAUCUGAAAAUAGUGAUGAGAAAUAUGAUAAACAAGCAUUCUCAAGUCCUAAGUUACAGGAUGUAAGAAGAAUAAGUUUUACAGAUAUCGAGAGUCCAAACUCUUACACAAGUAAAGAUCGAAAAAUUGAUACUAAAGUUGGUCAACUAGCCAAUUUUUUUGAUCAAAUGCAUUUUGAUGCAUUAUCAAAAGAAUUUGAAUUACAAAGGGAGCUCGAAAGAUUGCAUACUAAUAAAUCUAAGUAUCAAUCUCUAAGAAUACAUCAUACAGCACCGAUAGUAGAUAUAUAUAAGGAUGUCAAAGAUGCUGUAGAUGAACCCCUACAUGAUAAAAAUACAAUCGAAGACUUAGGUGGUUCAUCUAAAAACAGACAAAAUGACAGCUAUCAGGUUUCUGCUACAGAUCAACAGAACGUAAACGAGAAACUUAAACAGGAAUUGGAAAGUUCGAUGCAUAAGUGGGGAGAACAUAUUCUUAAUAGAUCUGCGUCAGAACAUGAUCAUGAUAGUGAAAAUACAAAAGAAUCGCCAAAAGUAAUGAAAAAUACGUUAACUGCACCUUUACCUCCAACUAUUACUGAAACUAAUAUGAAGAAAGAUGAAACCGUAGUACAACCAGAAAGGUCCUUAUUGAUGAAAACGCUUUCAAAUUUUUGGGCAGAUAGGUCAGCGUCAUCUUGGAAACCUCUGACAUAUCCAACAUCUCAUUCGGAGCAUAUAUUUCCGGAUAGCAAUGUUCUUAUAAGAGAUGAUGAACCUACUUCUUUGGUCGCUUUUUGCUUAAGCACAUCAGAUUAUAAACAAAAAAUGGCGACACUUAUUGAUCUAAAACAAGAUUCGUCGGUAAUAAAUAACAUUCCGAACGAUAAAGUAGUAAAUAAUUUGUUGAACCAUAAUUUUUCCGAAGCUUCUGAAAGUGUUAAAGAUAAUGAAAUCUUCGACAAAUCAAGUUUGACAAACGAAAUUGCUAUCGAUCCAUGUCUAGGAACGGACUCUCAAGCAAUCGAAGCCAUAUUAACGGAUAAUCAGAUAAUGGAGAAAAGUAUGACAAAGUCAACCGCAAUGCAUCUUCGUUAUCAAUUCCAAGACCAGGAAACUGUGAUGUCAUGUAAGAUAUUUUUUGCAGAACAUUUUGAAGCAUUCAGAAGAAUUUGUGGAUGCCAUGAGAAUUUUAUACAAAGUUUAUCAAGAUGUAUUAAAUGGGACUCAAGUGGGGGGAAAAGUGGUAGUGGUUUUUUGAAAACAUUGGAUGAUCGAUUCGUUGUUAAAGAACUAUCGCAUGCUGAACUGGAUGCUUUUAUUAAAUUUGCACCAAGUUAUUUUGAAUAUAUGUCGCAAGCUAUGUUCCAUGAUUUACCUACAGCUUUAGCAAAAAUUUUUGGAUUUUAUCAAAUUCAAAUAAAAAGCUCAGCUAACUCUAAAAGUUAUAAAAUGGAUUUAAUCAUUAUGGAAAAUUUAUUUUAUGAAAAGAAAACAAGUCGAAUUUUCGACCUGAAAGGAUCGAUGAGGAACAGGCAUGUUGAACAAACUGGAAAGGAGAAUGAAGUUCUUCUAGAUGAAAAUAUGGUAGAAUAUAUUUAUGAAUCACCAAUUCAUGUUAGAGAAUAUGACAAAAAACUUUUGAGAGCAUCCCUAUGGAAUGAUACAUUAUUUUUAGCGAAAAUGAACGUAAUGGACUAUUCUCUUGUUAUUGGUAUAGAUAAUGAGGGACACACCAUCACUGCAGGUAUUAUAGAUUUUAUUAGGACGUUUACGUGGGAUAAAAAGCUAGAAAGUUGGGUUAAAGAAAAAGGUUUAGUAGGUGGAAAUAGUUCAAAAAUGCCAACAGUUGUAACUCCAAGACAAUAUAAGAAUAGAUUCAGAGAAGCAAUGGAACGCUAUAUUUUAAUGGUGCCUGAUCCAUGGUAUCAGGAAACUAAUUAA